AUGGUUAUGCAGAUGCAAAGAAUAACAACCCUAAAUUAUGGUAAAUUUAUGACAUCUAAAAUAGGGAUGAUUAAUCUAUAGUUAAAUAUGAAACAUUAGUUUAAGGAGAGAAGCUUUGGAAUUUGUUCUUAACAGGUAGUCAAUUUAUAGGUUACAAAAAUAAAUCAGAAACUGGAACAAGACACUGUUAACUUAUGGUAAUCAGGUAAUUAGGAGAUCAUUAAUGGGUAUGUGAUAUAUUCAAUGAAAUUGUUCAAAACAAGUUCAUUGAUCAAUUCUGUAGAUUUAUUUAUCCAAUAUAAUACAACUUAAACUAUUUAACACCUAAUUAGAGUGGAGGCCUAUCUAUGUGCAUGUUUUACUCCAAAUUGA